CAAAACGAAAUCACGAGCCACAUGAUGAAUUCGGAAAAUCAUCAAUGUCGAAUAACCGCGCGCUUUUUCCAUCGACCAAUCACAGCUGAGGGGACUCGUGAUUCGUCAUGUUCCGUGUUGUCUGUCAAAACAAUCGAUACCACGACUCGAACGAAUGUAAAAAAUACGAAUUUUUUUCUUUGUUUUGAUAGAGUAAUUUUUUAAUUCGUAUGAAAAUUAAAUAACAAUCAGGAAUUUCAAAUACCGCUAAACAUUAUAUUAAAACCUUCAAGUUGUUGGAUUUAGGGCGAAUUCGACUUUUUUGUGACAUUUGUUUACACGUACUUUCACGUACAAAAUUCCCGUUUUUUCGAAAAAAAAUGAAUAACGUUUGAUGAAUACGUUCACACAUGGACGUCUCAACUUAACGUACUUGAUAAUCUUGUAAUUCUUCCUCGGUAAAUUGACUCCUCCCGGCACCCAUUUUAUACAGGAUAUGUCUUAUACCGAGUCACAGCCACGACUGCAGACUGUCACACGACCCGUUCGGGUCAUUCCCCCAGUUGUGAAUAUACUCAAUCAAAAUCAACCUACGUAAAAAUCCACGAAAAUUGUACAGAGGCGCAGAAGACAGUCAUUCUAAUUUUCUUGAAAUCAAUGAUAAAAAAAAAUAUUCGUCGAAAAAGUAAAAUGAAGUUUUACUCUUUAUUAUUGUGUUUUAGUAUAAUUUUUCUGUGAAAAUUUCAUCCGCUUCGAAGGGGGUAUUUUUAUGGCUCGACACUCCUGAGGUCACGAGCCACUCACCGGAAUCAGUAUGAACCGCCUCUUUUUUCGUAGUUUCGUGUGAAUUGUUUUUUUUUCGGAUCCAGCAUAUGUAAAAAAUUCGUUUGUUUUUUUUCCAAAGGCAUCGAUCUUGGAUUCUUUGCGUGAAACUGGUGGAAGUGUUUUUUGAAAUUUUCAGAAUCUCAAUAAAAGUAAAACGAAUCGCUAAUUUUCAUCGAUUACAUGCGACAUUGAAUGAACAUUUCUAUCCGUAAAAAAUAUCUAGAAAUAUGUUUUUUCGAUUAACAAAUGUUUUUGACUAUCGUGUUUGCCGCUUGCGGAUAAUCCUGUGGACCAACACGGCAGAGCUGUCAACGUACUUGUCGCGAGACUCUACCAACUCUACCGAGUUUCUUGAUACCAAUCCCUCCCUAGCUUUCUUCACUACUUUAUUUCUAGCAUCCCCAAGAGAGUUCGUUUCAGACGAGCUAAAUAAAGACUCAUACAGUCCUCAGUCUCCUUCGCGUCUUUACUCCUCAUAUUUUCACAUUUCAACGUUCCGAUGAUUAGGAACAGUUUUCGUUGGUUUGGCGAUCUUCAUUUUUUUUCGUCGCGUACGAAAGUAGAGAAAGAAAUACUCGAUAACACUCAAUAAUUAAGUCGAAAGCUGCAUCGUUUUCUUAAAUUAAUAAAAGAAGAAUAACGAUGGAAGCUGAAUUAAUACGGUUGGACAGAAAGUUGCAGGAUGCCGGUCAAGUAAAAAUUAGUAACGACGAGUUCAGUUCGUUAAGAAGCGACGAUGAAAGAUUUUCUUAUGCAUUAAGCUUAUUGGAAAAGUAUGACAUGACGCCGAAGAUCGAAAUUGAAGAAAAGAGUUCGAAGCUAUCGGCUUCUUACCGAAAAGCCGGUAACGACCUAUUCGUCUCUUCUAGUUCGAAGGGGAAAAGAAAUGAGAUAAUUGAGUUUUACACAAAGUGCAUAGCGUACGCGGAGCCCAAUUCGUCGGAACUCUCUCUCGGAUACGGUAACCGUUCGGCAUUGUUGUAUGAAGCAAGGCUCUAUGAACAUUGUCUUCAAGACAUCGAGCGAGCACUAGCUCUUCAGUAUCCACAACAUCUCAGGCCUAAAUUAUUGUCACGGAAAGUUCAUUGUCUCAAGGCUCUGAGGAAAAUUUCAAGCGACGAAGUAAACAGAGAAAUUGAAGAAAUACAAUUGAGUAUCGAGGCCACAAACUUGGACGAAAGCACUAAAAACAAAUAUCAUAAUGCUGCUGAACUAUUGAGGCAAAAAAAUGUUUAUCCGGCGCAAAGAAAAUUGUUUGAUGAAGCGAAACAUAAGCCUGUCACACCGAGUGAUAAUCCUGAACUCCCUGGUGUGUCUUCCGCCCUUGCAGUUGUCUAUGACCAAGAAUUCGGUCGCCACAUCCGAGCCAUAAGAAAUAUUGAACCCGGGGAAGUCUUGAGUAUACAACAAGGCUACGCUACCAUCCUGGCACCUGAAAAUUUUUAUACUCACUGUUCAAACUGUCUUCGUCAGACUUGGUCUUCUGUUCCUUGUCAAAGAUGCCCCAGUGUCGUUUUUUGUGAUGAAAAAUGUCGCGACGAUGCCUGGAAACACCAUCAUGCUUUCGAAUGCUUUGUCAUUAGUGCUCUGCUCAAACUGGAAUUCAAUUUACUCGGCCUCAUGAGCCUGCGACUUGCUAUUCAGGCUCUCAAAGACUCUGGGAGUUUUGCAACGUUGAAGCACAAAAUUGAGUCUCUAGAAUUGGAAAAAGAUCCAAGGACAAAUGGGUUCACUGGUACACCUGCGAUCCUCGAUGAAAGAGAUUACUCAAUUGUUUACACCCUGGCGACGAACACUGAGCAAAGAUCUACGCCAGAUUUGUUUGGAAGGUGUUUCAACGCCGUUUACCUGACUUAUUGCCUUGGAAGGCUGACUGAUUUUUUUGGCCAAAAGUUCACCGGAGACAUAAAAUCCAUGCGGGAAAAUCCAUGGUCGAUUUUUGUCGGAGGACUCAUCACGAGACAUCAACAGAUUAUUCCAAGCAACGUGCACACCGUGACCGAAACGAAAGGAUUGUUCGGUUCUGAGCGUGGGGCUACGAUUCAACCAUUCUUGAGUCUGUUCAAUCACUGUUGUGACUGCAUGGUGAGCAGAAUCCAUUACGGGUCAAGUGUUGCUUUGUAUGCCGUAUAUCCGAUCCAAGCUGGCGAGCAAGUGUUUGAUAAUUACGGAAGCCACUAUGCGAUGGAAAGUCUUUACACGAGAAAACGAAAGCUGCAACGACAGUUUUUCUUCGAAUGCCAGUGUCGACCUUGUCGAGAAGACUGGCCUGUGUUUACUAGAAUUCCAUCCUUACAGGAAAGCCACCUGAAUCGCCAGCAGUUAAUGAAAGUCCAAAAGGUUCUGAAGAACUUCAAUAAGUACGUGGGAUUCGCGACGGAUGGUAACGUCGAGGAUAAGCCCUACAUAGUCAAGGAUUUGACGCAGAUGAUAAAGACGUUGUUCGAUUACGUCGAUUUGCCUUGCCGAGAGAUCAACGAGAUCACUGAGACUCUCAAAAGAGUUUACGAUCUUUUAAGCAUACGCUUUCAAUCUUUGGAAGAUUGAAUGAGAACUGAUGAAAAUUAUUUUUGAUAUUUGUCAGAAGGCUGAAAUAUUUUUAACUCUGUUGGACAUUCUUUCGUUACAAAGAUUUUUUUCAGUUUUAUUCAUACAAAAUGAGCGGUGACAAGAUUUGGAAUAUCCAGUUUUUGAAUAAAAAAACGAUUUAAACACUU